AGGUCCUAAAUCCUUUAACGCGCACAUGCGCAAAAGAAAAUUUCUCUUUCUCGGUGGGCGCAAUGGCGGACGCAGAAAAAAAGAAGGUUCCGGCAGUCCCUGAGAGCCUUUUGAAAAGGCGAAAGGCCUUUGCCUCCAUUAAGGCCAUGCGUGUCAAGAAGAUGCUGGCCGAGAAAAAGGCCCGCAAGGUGACCAGGAAACUGAUCUACAAGAGGGCCGAGAAGUACCACCAGGAGUACAGGCAGAUGUAUAGGCGUGAGAUCCGUCUUGGUCGUAAUGCUCGCAGAGUGGGAAACUACUAUGUGCCAGCAGAGCCCAAACUGGCCUUCGUCAUCAGGAUCAGAGGUAUCAACGGUGUCAGCCCCAAAGUCCGCAAAGUUCUGCAGCUGCUCCGUCUGCGCCAGAUCUUCAACGGUGUGUUCGUCAAGUUGAACAAGGCUUCAAUCAACAUGCUCAGGAUUGCUGAGCCUUACAUCGCUUGGGGGUACCCCAACCUGAAGUCUGUGCGUGAGCUCAUAUACAAACGUGGCCAUGGCAGGAUGAGGAAACAGCGCAUCGCCCUCACAGACAACGCUCUGGUGGAGAAGGCCCUCGGCAAAUAUGGCAUCAUCUGCAUGGAGGAUCUCAUCCAUGAGAUUUACACAGUUGGAAAGAACUUCAAGCCCGCCAACAACUUCCUGUGGCCCUUCAAGUUGUCAUCCCCCCGUGGUGGUAUGAACAAGAAGACCACACACUUUGUGGAGGGAGGAGAUGCUGGCAACAGGGAGGAUCAGAUCAACAGAAUGAUCAGGAGGAUGAACUAAAGUUGUGGUUUUCAAAGGACUCAAAUUGUACAAUAAAAACAUGGAAAAAAACUCCCUUGGUCUUGUCAUUAUUGUGAUUGUGUCAUGUAACGGUGUGUAGCAAAAGUAUCCACCACCGCCCCCUUCAAAUGUAUUUAAAUUUGAGUAACUUAAAAUUAAUCCUGAUAAACGAG